AUGGCUCUUCCUUCUUCGUAUUCGCUGUCUGGCAGCUGGGGAUACAACGUCUUCCUAAGCUAUCACGGGCCAGAUGUCCGUCUAACAUUUCUAUGUCACUUACAAAGGCAAUUUGAAAGCAAAGGGAUCCUAAUGUUCAACGAUGAAGGGAACGAGAGAAGCCAAACCAACAAACCUGAAAUCACUCGGGCAAUACAAGAAUCGAGAAUCUUGAUCGUGGUGCUCUCUGAGAACUAUGCUUCUUCAAGCUGGUGCUUGAACGAGCUGGUGGAGAUCUUACAAUGCAAAGAAGCAGAGGGACAUGUAGUGAUGGCUAUUUUCUACAAAGUGAAUCCAUCUCAUGUGAGGAAACAGACUGGAAACUUUGGGCAGGCUUUCAAGAAAACUUGUCAAGGCAAAACGCAGACCGAGAUGGAGAGUUGGAUCAAUGCUUUCACCUAUGUAGCUGACAUAGUCGGCGAACACUCCCUCAACUGGGCCAAUGAAGCGGAGAUGAUUGAGAAGAUUGCCAUAGAUGUUUCAAAAAAACUUAAUGCUACACCAUCUAGGGAUUUUGAUGAGAUGGUGGGACUUGACACUCAUUUGGGGAACAUGAAGUAUUUGUUAAAUUUAGAAAACGAUGAGCCUAUGAUAGCUGGAAUCUCUGGCCCACCAGGCAUUGGUAAGACUACCAUUGCUAGAGCUUUAUAUAACCAGCUAUCUUGUGACUUUUCGCUUUCAUACUUUAUGGAAAAUGUCAAUGGAAGUUCUAGGAGUAGUUUAAAGAUCCGUUUACAAGAACACCUUCUUUCCAGGAUUUUGAACCAAAGUGGAAUGAAGAUAUGCCAUUUGGAUGUGAGAUACGAAAGGUUACGGAAACAAAAGGUUCUUAUCAUUCUUGAUGAUGUGGAUCAUCUUGAUCAAGUAGAUGCUUUGGCUGGAGAUGUAUCUAGGCUUGGUCCUGGUAGUAGGGUUAUUGUGAUUUCAGAAUCUCAAGGGCUUUUGCAUGAACAUGGAAUCAACUAUAUAUACCAUGUACGUUCCCCAUCUAAUGAAGAAGCUCUUGAGAUCUUUUGUAGAUAUGCUUUUAGGGAAAGCUCUCCAACUAAUGGUUUUGGAAAGCUUACAAGAAGAAUAACUGAGUUAUGUGGUAACCUCUCAUUGUGUCUAUCUGUUGUGGGUUCAUCUUUACGUGGGAAGAAGAAAGACGAGUGGGAAUAUGUAAUGCGUAAGCUAGAAACUAGUGUAGAUGAUGGAUAUAUUCAGAGAGCAUUAAGAGUUGGAUAUGAGAGUUUACCUGACAAAGAUCAAAUUCUGUUUCUUCACAUUGCGGUCUUCUUUAACAAGAAAGACGAUGAUCAUGUAAAAGCCAUGCUCGGUGGCUGUAACUUGGAUGUUAGACUUGGGUUGAGAAACUUAGCCAAUAGAUCUCUCAUAGGGUUGUCUACCAAUGGGGUGAUAACGAUGCACAAGUUACUAGAACAAACGGGGAGAGAAGCCAUUCAAAGACAAGAGCUUAGGACACGCCACAUUUUAAUCAACGCUCACGAGAUUUGCCAUAUCCUUCAAUCUGAUACAGAUGCUAUAGCUGCGGCGGGCAUUUCAUUUGAUACAUCAGAAAUCAACAAAGUGGUUGUAAGCAAGAGAGCUUUUCAAAGCAUGCGUAAUCUUCGGUUCCUCAGUGUCUACAAAAGAAGAAAUGAUGGAAAUGAAAGAGUGUAUGAGUUUCCACCUCGUUUACGGUUACUACAUUGGGACGCAUACCCUAGAAAGCGUCUUCCUCAAAGAUUUUGCCCAGAGUAUCUCGUUGAACUCGAUUUGCGAGAUAGCCUGCUCGAGAAGCUAUGGGAAGGAACUCAGCCACUUCCAAGUCUCAAGACGAUGAACAUGUCAAGGUCCACGCGAUUAAAGGAACUACCAGAUCUUUCAAAUGCUCCAAAUCUUGAGACGUUGGAACUGAGUUACUGCGAGAGUUUGGUAGAGCUUCCACCCUCUAUUGCAAAUCUUCAUAGGCUAAAGGAGUUGUGGAUGCAAUCUUGCAUAAAUCUUGAAAUAAUUUCAAGUCAAAUCAACUUGGCAUCUCUUGAGAGGGUCAAUAUGGCUGGAUGCUUACGAUUGAGAAGCUUUCCAGAUAUUUCUACAAACAUGAGGCAACUCUUUCUGUCAGGCACAGCUGUAGAAGAAGUGCCUUUAUCAAUUAGUCUGUGUUCUCGUCUUUGGUAUCUUGAUCUAAGCCGCUGCAUAAAUCUCAAGACCUUAACAGAUUUAGCUGGAAGAAUUGUGUGGCUAAACCUAAGCUAUACUGAUAUUAAGGAGAUUCCAGAUUACAUUUUAGGUCUUCAUGGUUUACAACACUUGAUUCUAUCUGGCUGCAGAAAGCUUGAAUCAUUGCCGGAGCUUCCUGGUUCGCUCACAUUUCUAAUGGCAGAAGAUUGUGAAUCACUUGAGAGAGUAACUUUCCCUUUAAAGGCACCAAAUGCGCAACUCAAUCUCACCAACUGCUUUAAACUUGGCGCAGAAGCAACAAGACAAAUUAUCCAACGAUCAUUUCUUGGUGACGGGUUUGCUUGCUUACCAGGAACAGUGAUGCCUCGUGAAUUCCAUCACAGAGCCAGAGGUAACUCCUUGACCAUUCGUGCUUUAUCUGCAUCCUCCAGGUUCGAGGCUUGCGUCCUUAUUUCUCCUCAUCAGCACCAACACACAAGAGAAGACGUAUAUCUUGAAUUACGGUGUCGUAUCGUAGCCAAAAGCGGAUGGUCUAUUUACAAACAACCUGUUUACGUAGCACACCCUAGUGAGAUUCGAGCCGAACAUGUGUGUAUGUUUCAUCUUGAAUUGCCUGAAGAAGAGAUAUGCGUUAAAUUUGGCAGCGAGAUAUUGUUUGAAUUCAGCAGCCGAAUUGACAGCUGCGAGAUCACUGAAUGUGGUGUACGAAUCUUGUCUCACGAACGGAGAGACCGUGCCUAA